GCCGUCCACUUUUUGUUCCCCACCACGACUCGAACAUAAUGUCCGACGAUGAGUUGGGUCUCGAUUCCAUGUUUCCUGAGCCCCCUCGACCACCGACUCCAGAUCCAACGUUCUCAAUUUACAAACGUGAAAAGGCGACCGGCUCAGUAGAGGAUUGGUCUGAAUUAAUUAUCAGAUUAGUUGGAACGCAUCCAUUGUGGGGGCACCACUUAUGGAAUUCUGCCCGCUCAAUAGCAACAUAUUUGGAUAAUCACCCAGAUCUAUACACCAAUGGGUCUGUGCUCGAAUUAGGCGCAGGAGGUGGACUACCUGCCAUUGUCGCUGCUAAUAAUGGAGCGGAAAAGUUCAAUGUCGAUAAGAAUGUACUACCAUCUCGCAGGCAUCAUGUUUCCGUACAGGGUUUCAUUUGGGGGACAUCAGUCCAACCUCUUUUAUCUUCUUUGUCGAACACGAAUGGCUUUAAUCUCAUAAUCCUGUCCGAUCUAAUCUUUAAUCAUUCCCAGCAUGAUGCCCUGCUGAAUACUUGUGAACAAGCCACGCCAUCGGUGCUGGUUUUCUACACACACCAUCGUCCGCAUCUUGGUAGAGGAUGGCACUGCCAAGAAAUCCUUACGCAAAAAUUUGAGCCCAUGUUUCCCGAUGACCCCGGCGAAGAAGAAAUCAGAGCAACCGUCCAUGGAUGGAAGCUUAAUCGCCCAUCGUAGCAUCUGUUUUGUAAGCUAGACUGUUCUAUGACUAUUCUGCAUAUUGGGUGCGCAUCUUCUCUCAUAGAGAACUUUCAAAGCUGGCGAAGCUCGCACUCAAAGAGCAAAGGUGUGUACAUAUCUCCAUGGGUGUCUUUGGCUUCCAUUUUCUGCUGCUUGGUC